CUGAAUAAACUCGUUUUUACAUUUAACUGCUUUUCAAAGCAGUUUUUUAUAAUCGCGGGAUUUCCUACAGGACCCUGAACGCCUCUUAACUGUUUCAGUUUGUUCUCCGUGAAGGUAAGUCAUAAAUCUGCUUUUCUUCUUCUGUUUAUCCGGUGUAUCCACCUGUGGAAGGUUUGGUGUUUUUCUCUGUUGGUAAUGUGACAAGAGACACGAUUUAUAUCAUGGCAGAAUACGUUUAAUAGAUUUUUGUUUGAAUAAAAGGUAUUUAGAUCUGCAGUUGGAUCAACCGUUAGCUUCCCUUGUAGUUUAACGCAGCUAACUUCAUGUGUGCUGUUUAAACUUAAUCAAAAGUUGUUUCGCUUAAUGAGAAAUGGUGUCAGAUGUUUUUAACAUUCUAGUUUUUUCUGUUUGAAGUUAAAUGUGUAGUCGGUUCAGCCCAAAAGCUACUAACGGCUCCAACAGCUAAUGCUAGUGUUGGAUUCAGACAGAAAACCGUCGAUUCUGCUACACUAAAAUAUUAUUUCUUUCUUUCUGUAAAGUGUAGAAACACGCAUAGAUUAAUGAGGAAACCCCCAAAUGAGUAAAAUCAGCUCAUUUUAAGCAGUGACUGUAAGGUUCAUAUUUGACAUUACAUCGCUGCAGUACUUUUAUUUAGAAAAUUACCAGUGCUUUUACAUUAAAACCGUGUGUGAUUUCCUGUCUAGCCCUAUGUUAACUGCGGAAAUCAACGUGUCGCAGAAGUGGCUCUCGGCAAAAUUAUAACCCGAUCCUAUCUUUAGCGGAGCGGUGUGCGGGUUUCGGUACGGGAUCUGCUCGGGUACAGGAUCGGCUCGGGGUCCUUCGACUGCCGAUGACGUCAACGUGGUUGAUUGGCUGAACAUGAAGCUUACGGAAGUGACGUAAUCACGUUAUGAUGAUAUAGUCUUAGCGGUUGUAGUCCUGUAGUCCAAAAAUCAACACGUUUUGGAGAAAAUAUGUUUGAAUUUCUAAAGGAAAUGUAAAAUAUAAGCAAUUGAUAAACGGUGACCCUCAAAAUCUCUUGAAGUUGAUGAAAUGGGGCAAAAUAAAAUAUAAUAACUUUAUUGAAAGACACCAAGCAACAUUUAGAGUCAAAGAAUGUAUUUAGAUAACAACUAAGGAAAUAUACAGACGAACUCCACAUUAAUACAAACAGAUAUGGCUUCACAUAUAAGAACUGUCCUAUUGUUUGUCAGUCCGAUGUUGGUUUUAUGCAGUUUCACAUUCUUUACAAAACAAAGAUAAUAUGGUGUUUUAUUAACAAAUUACAAUUAUAAAGAAAACAUUUAGGUGUUAACAAACAAGAAUUUAUUAACAACACUGCUGACGUCUUUCCAAAACGUAUGUGUGAAAGCCGAGUAGAGUUGCAGUCAUGUGAAGUCAUCGGCAGUCGAAGGACCCCGAGCUGAUCCUGUACCGACACUGGCUUCCUCAAUGAUCCAACACAAGAUGAAUGCAGUAGUAUAUCACUGCAGAAUCUAACCCUAACCCAGGCAAAAAAGGGUUUGGGGUAUUUCUUAUGAAGAAAUUACAAUAUCACAUGGUACAAUGUUCCAAAAAGUAGAUUUUUUUAAUGAUCUGAACAUUUACAAAAACUGUUCAAUCAAUGAACCUCUGUCCACAGUCUUGCGUUUUAUGUGAUAUUAGUUAUAGCUCCCCCUUCAGUUCCAGAACGUAAGUGUUGCAUUUUCCAAAUAUGGAAUGAGUCUGACUGGUAGCCCUACAACGCCUCUUUCUUCGUGCUGCAGCCAGGGCCUUCUCGCUACUUGGGCCAGCUCCUCCAGGAGAAUCCCAAGGUGUCCCCUGGCCAAACGAGUCCUUCCAGCGUAUCCUGGGUCUUCCCUUUGGUCUCCUCCCAGUUCGAGCACAAAUGUUUUAUUGUUAAAAUGUUAUAAUUAAAACAGUUUUUUCUUUGUCUGGCUUUUAUAGAUUAACAGAUAAUGUACAGGUCAAACAGCGCUGAGCAGAUAACAGAAUAUCUAGUGGUAAAAUCCAACAAUAUAAAAUCUUAUGUAACAUGAUAUGUUUUUGUUUUCUUUUUUAGACUGAGAGCUUUGAGCGUGGUUUGGUGCAUCAGCAGAAAGAACGUGAUUCCUUCUUCUGUGCUUACAGAAUAUUUCCUGUGUAUCCUGUGGUGACUGGUUUUAUGUUGUUUGUCGACCUCUACUGAACUAUCAUUUUGGACUCCUCUAUCUUUUGUGCUUCUAUCCUGCUCUGCCUUGCCCCAUCAGAUUCGCUAUAGCUGCUGGUGGGGUUUUGAACCAAACUUUUAUGGAUACAAUGUUUUAUGGAUACAAACUUUUAUGGUGACAAACUUUUAUGGUGACAAAGUUUUAUGGAUACAAAGUUUUAUGGUGGCAAAGUUUUAUGAUUUUGUGGUGACAAAGUUUUAUGGAUACAAACUUUUAUGGCUACAAAAUAUUUUUGGUCUUAUGGUUCUGCGAAACCAGCCCUGCUGUGAGAUUUGACAUUGAUAAGAACUACAUCUAAAGCAAUACGCUUUGGCAUUCACUUUGGAAAUUUGGCUUUGAAUGAAUAAAAACAACCAACACACUGGAAACAUCUAAUUUGAGUAAACUUUAAGAUAUAAUAUUUAAACUACUCUUACACAUAAAGAUAAACUUUUCAUAGACUGAAUAUAAUUGGUUUGUUGAGAUUUGUCUUGCUUGAGAUCAGCUCAAAUUUAUUGAUCUCCAAAAACACAAAAUUGUUUGAAAACAGUGCUUGAAAUUAAAGUUUUAUAAUUGAUAAAUUUAUAAACAUACAUCUAAAAACACACAUUUACUGUAAAAGCACUGUUACUAGCUAGUGACCCGCUGGUGCUGACUCUGGACUGACUGCAGGUUUGUACUCAGGUUUGUGUUAAGUAGAUAUUUGUAACUGAAAAAUUAGAAAAUAAAUACAUAUAAAUAAAGUAUUUCUUCUCUUUGUUUAAUAUUUGGAUUUUUGGGAGAAAAAAAGGCCUAAUAGCAUUGCUUACAUAUAUAUAAACAUCUAGUACAUAUUGCUAGCUGUUUCUUUAAUAUUCAUAAACAGUUUUUACAUUUAUAUACAGUUCAAAGUUAUCUGUUCCAGUUUCUACAUACGUUUCAUAUAUAUUUGUUUAUAGAGAUAUCAGUUGUAUUUGUUAGUUAUUAGGAAUUAUUUUUUAAUUCUACUGGUGCUAAAGUAUUUUACAAAGAAAACUAUUUGCAAAGGUUUUUUUUGCUUCCUUUGCUAACAUUUAUUUGACUUAGAAAGAUACAAAUACUAAAGUCUGUGAUUGUGCUUCACAAUUUGACCAUUGUUAACUCAAAUAUACAAAUUUUAUUACAUUAGAAAAGUAUUCCCUGAUCCUGAAUCCAUUAUUUAACUUUUACUGACUACAGGAUUAGUUUCACUGGUGAUUUGUGAAGAGUGAACAACUUGAUAAUAACAUAAAAACAUCUGGACUGAAGACCUGUUGUGGCCGUUUCCUGUCUGAAGUGAAUCUACAAGCAGUUGAAUCCAGAAACUUGUCACCUGCUGUCCAGCUGUGUUGGUUAUAGUCGCUGUUUAAGUGGUUCUUGUGUUUCAAAAUAGACGUUGUUGAAACUUUAUUUAACUGUGUUAGAAAUCAAUAGCUACUGCUGAUAAAAGCUUAGGUUGGUGUGUAGUUACAGUUUAAAGUCAACGUUUAACAGUUGUUACAGAGUUCAGUUACAUUUAAGCAUAUAGACAUAAGUGUAUAGAUAGGUGUUGAUAUAUAGACCUGGUAAGGAUAAGAGUUGUGGAAACUGACAACCAUUAGAUCUAAACUGGGUGAUUUGUGUGCGCUCAUUCAGACACAUUUAAUAGUUUAAAAGAUCAUCCUUCAUAUUUGAAAUAGUACUUUUAAGGUUUACUUUUGUGUAUUAUAUACGUUUUUCUUUCUUAAAUACACAUUUUCAAAGGUAAAUCCCAUAUACCAUUUGUUAUUUGAUUAAUUAAACUUCCUGUGCUGUGCCCGAGUUACACAGUAUUCUCAUUUUUUUAUUUGACAAAGUAUUUCAUUUGAAUCUAUUUCCGUGUUUAAUACAAGUACAUUAUUAGUUGGACAUCUUAAUAGAAUUACAGUUCACAGAAGCAGAGUUUAUUGGUAAAUAAUUUGUCUUGGCUUAACAUUGGUUUAGGUUCGUAGUUGUAAGUUUAUUCCUUUACAAGGAAACUAUAACUUGUUAUAUUUAAGUAAGCACAUUUUUAUUGGCUGUAAUUAUAGUGGGUAUCAGAAACCACUGGUUUGAGUUGUGAGGUGGUUAUUACAAUAAGUUUCACAUUAAAGUCUUUGUGGUUUUCCAGGAUUAUAAAAAUGCCCAGAAAGAACAAGAGGUCUCAGUCUGCAAAGACCAGAUGGCAUAAGCUCACGGAGUCUGGCUCAGGUGAACAGGUUGAUGUUCCUCAGACAACUGGAGAUGCAUAUGCUGAUGUUUUGAGAGGACUUCAGAGUCACAUCGUACCUGAUCCACAUCAAGUACAUCACAGUGCUGCAGCUGGACCAUGUCAACCUAGUGAGCAGGCUAAUGUUCACAGUCCUGAUGUCCGACAAACUCCUGGAACUAGACCCUCCUAUGCUGAUGCUUUGAGAGGACACCAGAGUCAUGUCAUGAACUCAGAGGCUGCUACGUGUCAGGUAAAUCAGAGUGAUGCUGCUGGACCAUCUCAGAUACCUGCCCAUGUCCAUCCACCUUCAGGGACAAGUGUGUGUGCGACCAGGAGUCAGGCUUCAGCUGUUUAUGGUGAGUACAGAAACAAGCAGUGUGCCCCAAACUCUUUGGUGUUUUUAUCCUUCCUACAUGAGAGUGAGACAAUUACCAGCUCAGAUCUGAACCUGGUGUUGGAUAAAGGUAAUGUGAUGUACGCACAAGCUAGGCUACUUCAUCCAACUAGUGUACACCUGGCUACAGACGAGUUACCUGCUGAGGUUACAGCUCGUAUGACUCAUUAUCACAUCACCAUGAGGUUAACUGGUACCAGAUAUGGGAAUUUUUUAGAAGGAGGUAAUCUUCCUAGUCUUGUUCAAGGACUAAGCUGUUUGACUGCAGAAGUUCAGUAUGCAUUAAUGUUCAUGGGAGGAAACUGCAUAGCUGUAUUCAGAACCAGAUCAGGAGAAUACGGGUACUUUGAUCCUCACCCCCGUUCUGCUCGUGGUCUUCUUCCCAAAUGUAAACCUGGUACAGCUGUCAUGUUAAAGUUCACACGUUUAACAGACAUGAUUAACAGAAUCACUCAUUUAUACACAUCUAUUGGUGUAUCUGGGUCUUGCUAUUAUGAAAUCCAGUCAGUGGAGUUUAAGAGUGAGAACGCUGCUCCAGACAGAGACUCAACUGCUGCUGAGACCAACUCGCUGACAGAGAUCGAACUAGUGGCAACAACUAAGCAAACUGGUAAUCAACAAGUUACAUCAAACACCCAAGAGUCUACUCCAGAUGAGUCAGACCUGGCAGGUGAAGUGAUGAACCACGCUGGUCCCUCUGUUUGCUCUGACACCCUGAUGACAUCAUCUGAGCCAGAAGCUGCUUGUGAAGCAAGUGCUACUGUAGAUCAAACUGCUGAUUCAUUAACUCAGAGAAUGUUAUCAAAACGUAAUAAACAAGAACAAUUAAAAAUCUUGCGGCGAUUAUCUGUGUCAAAGAAGCCAUCACAGAGAAAGGAAAAUCAGAAAAAGAGAGAAAGGCAGUUGUAUGCUACUGACGAAAGGUUUUAUUCUAAAAAGAAAAUGUAUUCCAGGACAUAUGCUAACAGUUCAGAUGUCAGACAUGAAAAAAGUCUCUACAAUAAGAAUCUGUAUAAGAAAAACACCAGUUAUCAAGCGAAACAACAACACAAUAUCAGGAAGCUUUACAGAGAAAUGGCUGACUACAGAGAAAAGCAAAAAUCAUACAUGAGAAGCCUUUACAGACGAUGUGAACAGGUUAGACAGAACAAGAAAUCUUACAUGCAAAGCCUUUACAAAGAAAGUGAACAAGUUCGACAGAAAAAGAAAUCUUACAUGCAAAGUCUUUACAGGGAAAGUGAACAAGGAAAGUGA